AGCCGGGUGCCAGAUUCCCCGGGACGCGCGCGGAGACCUUUCUGUUCAUCAAAACUGACAGCUUCAGCAUCUUACAAUCUGCCUCUUUGCCUUCUUGCCUCCCGUUUCUUUAUUUCGCUGCGACCCCCCGGCCACCUCUCCAGAGAGGACUCAAGGUACAGAAACUUCAUUACCACAUUGUUUUCCCAAAUGGGGUCUCGUGAUUCCCUCCUGCCAUGAUGGGUGUUUCCCUUCUACAGUGGAAGAUACACUCAGAAAAAGUUUCCCCUGUUUGGCAUGGGUUACGGUUUUCUGCAAACGUUGAAACCAUACGACGACUCGGUAACCUAGAAUGCUUAGCAGUGUUAGCGGUUUGCAUGAUUCCUCGACGUCCAGUACCACUAAACCACCAUUGCUUAAAAAGCCUUGCCUAACCGUGGGCGCCAAAAGGGGUGAAAAGAAGCCGGAAUCAUGACCGACUCCAAGUACUUCACCACCAAUAAGAAAGGGGAGAUCUUUGAACUCAAAGCCGAGCUCAACAAUGAGAAGAAAGAGAAGAGGAAGGAAGCGGUGAAGAAAGUCAUUGCUGCCAUGACGGUUGGGAAGGAUGUCAGCUCCCUUUUCCCGGAUGUGGUGAACUGCAUGCAGACAGAUAACUUGGAGCUGAAGAAGCUGGUCUACCUGUACCUGAUGAACUACGCCAAAAGCCAGCCGGAUAUGGCCAUCAUGGCCGUCAACAGCUUUGUGAAGGACUGCGAGGACCCCAACCCUCUCAUCCGCGCCCUGGCAGUGCGUACCAUGGGGUGCAUCCGGGUGGACAAGAUCACCGAGUACCUGUGCGAGCCGCUCCGCAAGUGCCUGAAGGACGAGGACCCCUACGUGCGCAAGACGGCGGCCGUCUGCGUGGCCAAGCUGCACGACAUCAACGCCCAGAUGGUGGAGGACCAGGGCUUCCUGGACUCCCUGCGGGAUCUCAUCGCCGACUCCAACCCCAUGGUGGUGGCCAACGCUGUGGCCGCCUUGUCCGAGAUCAGCGAGUCCCACCCCAACAGCAACCUGCUGGACCUCAACCCCCAGAACAUCAACAAGCUGCUCACGGCCCUGAACGAGUGCACGGAGUGGGGCCAGAUCUUCAUCCUGGACUGCCUCUCCAACUACAACCCCAAGGAUGACCGCGAGGCCCAGAGCAUCUGUGAGCGCGUGACCCCCCGGCUCUCCCACGCCAACUCUGCCGUGGUGCUCUCGGCCGUCAAGGUGCUGAUGAAGUUCCUGGAGCUCCUGCCCAAGGACGCCGACUACUACAGCAUGCUGCUCAAGAAGCUGGCCCCGCCCCUGGUCACCCUCCUGUCCGGCGAGCCCGAGGUCCAGUACGUGGCCCUCCGCAACAUCAACCUGAUUGUGCAGAAAAGGCCCGAGAUCCUCAAGCAGGAGAUCAAAGUCUUCUUCGUGAAAUACAACGACCCCAUCUACGUCAAGCUGGAGAAGCUGGACAUCAUGAUCCGCCUGGCAUCCCAAGCCAACAUCGCUCAGGUCCUGGCAGAGCUCAAGGAAUAUGCCACGGAGGUAGACGUAGACUUUGUCCGCAAGGCUGUACGUGCCAUCGGGCGCUGCGCCAUCAAAGUCGAGCAAUCCGCUGAGCGCUGCGUCAGCACCCUCCUGGAUCUCAUCCAGACCAAGGUCAACUACGUGGUCCAGGAAGCCAUCGUGGUCAUACGGGACAUCUUCCGGAAGUACCCCAACAAGUACGAGAGCAUCAUCGCAACCCUGUGCGAAAACCUGGACUCCCUGGACGAGCCGGACGCCCGAGCGGCCAUGAUCUGGAUCGUAGGCGAAUAUGCGGAGAGGAUCGACAACGCGGAUGAGCUCCUGGAGAGCUUCCUGGAGGGCUUCCAUGACGAGAGCACCCAGGUGCAGCUCACCCUCCUGACAGCCAUCGUGAAGCUGUUCCUGAAGAAGCCCUCCGAAACGCAGGAGCUGGUCCAGCAGGUCUUGAGCCUGGCCACUCAGGAUUCCGACAACCCGGACCUGCGGGAUCGUGGCUACAUCUACUGGCGCCUCCUCUCCACGGACCCCGUGACCGCCAAGGAGGUGGUCCUGUCGGAGAAGCCCCUGAUCUCCGAGGAGACUGACCUGAUCGAGCCCACCCUGCUGGAUGAGCUCAUCUGCCACAUUGGCUCGCUGGCCUCCGUCUACCACAAGCCGCCCAACGCCUUCGUGGAGGGCAGCCACGGCAUCCACCGCAAGCACCUGCCCAUCCACCAUGGAAGCAUCGACGCAGGCGACAGCCCAGUGGGAACGACAGCUGCCACGAAUGUGGAGCAGCCACAGGUGAUCCCAUCCCAGGGCGACCUCCUGGGCGACCUCUUGAACCUCGACCUCGGCCCACCGGUGAACGUGCCACAAGUGUCUUCUAUGCAGAUGGGUGCUGUGGACCUUCUCGGAGGAGGGCUGGAUAGCCUGCUUGGCAGCGACCUUGGCGGGGGAAUCGGAGGCAGUCCAGCAGUGGGACAGACCUUCAUCCCCUCCUCGGUGCCGGCCACUUUCGCCCCUUCGCCAACCCCGGCCGUGGUCAGCAGCGGACUCAACGACCUUUUCGAACUCUCCUCCGGCAUCGGCAUGGCCCCUGGCGGAUACCUGGCGCCCAAAGCGGUCUGGCUGCCGGCGGUGAAAGCCAAAGGCCUGGAGAUCUCCGGAACCUUCGGCCACAAGCUGGGGCACAUCUACAUGGACAUGACCUUCACCAACAAGGCCUUGCAGCACAUGACGGACUUCGCCAUCCAGUUCAACAAGAACAGCUUUGGGGUCAUUCCUAGCACUCCGCUGGCGAUCCACACUCCGCUGAUGCCCAACCAGAGCAUUGACGUCUCCCUUCCCCUCAACACUCUGGGACCGGUCAUGAAGAUGGAGCCCCUCAACAACCUCCAGGUAGCGGUGAAGAACAACAUUGACGUCUUCUACUACAGCUGCCUCAUCCCCCUCAACGUCCUCUUCGUUGAGGACGGCAAAAUGGAGCGCCAGGUCUUCCUCGCGACGUGGAAGGACAUCCCGAACGAGAACGAGCUCCAGUUCCAAAUAAAAGAAUGCCACCUGAAUGCCGACACCGUCUCCAGCAAACUCCAGAACAACAACGUUUACACCAUUGCCAAGAGGAACGUGGAAGGCCAGGACAUGUUGUACCAGUCCCUGAAGCUCACCAACGGCAUCUGGAUCCUGGCCGAACUGCGCAUUCAGCCCGGCAACCCCAACUACACGCUCUCGCUGAAAUGCCGGGCCCCGGAAGUCUCGCAGUACGUCUACCAGGUCUACGACGCCAUUUUGAAGAACUGACCCACAAAGCUGCCUCCGCCGCCACCUCGCCGCGCAGGGAUCCGGGGCAGGGUUGACCCUCCACACACUGGCCACUUUCUGCUGGUGCAUUCUCUCUCUCUCUCUCUCUCUCUUUUUCUCUCUCUGUCUGUCUCUUUCUCGAUGCGGGUGGGGGGCGCGCGGGGGAAGGAAACCAAGCUCUGUGUUGUGUCUAAGGUCCCGGACCGAUGCGCCGCGUUUCGGAUCCGAGGUAGCCAGUAGUGUCCUCACGUGCCGGUAACCGUCGGGGGAUGUCCUGUUUGAUACUUUUAGCAUUGUGAGAAGUUUGUAGCCACGUUCACGACGCGCCCACGUCCGGCGGUCCUGUGCGUCUGUCCUUGUUCGUUUUGUUUCUUCCUCCCAUGAGCUUUCUUCAUCUCGUGCCAAGGCUUCGUGUUUUCUAUUUUUAAAAAGAGAGGGGAAAAAGGAAAAGACACCACUCUAGGCCUCUAGUUGAUGUUUUCUAACGCGCACCCUCAUUUCAGCGCACGCCCCUUCGCUGCGUAGGCAGCGGCCCCAGAGAGAGCCACACUCCGCACUUCGUAUCGUUCGUAUCGGCGCACGUCCGACAGAUCGUCAUUUUGGGGGGUUUGAGGCGGCCGAGCUCGAGGCAGAAGCACCUGGCGCCGACCAGCUCUGCGAUUCUCGCGGGAACCAACCCGGGCGUGGAUUGGGCCCUCGUUCUUCACUGGAAGCUCAGAGGUGGCUGCUAAUGGCUCCGGCAUGAUCACUGCGCCUUCCAGCCCCGCUCUGUGCUCCUAAGCACCAGCUUUUUCCUGGCCCCCUAUUCCUGCCCCUCCUCUCGGGUCCUCGAUGUUGGACACGCUCUUCCUUCAGGCCCCUGGUUGGGGCGGCCAGAUCCAACCACUAGCGUUAUGAAUUGGCCGUUUUCUUGCUGGCUUGUUUCUCCCUCUCGGCAGCCUGCUUUUCUGACCGCCCCCUUGUUGCCUCCCUUCUUGCCCGAAAGGGCAGAUCCUGGGUCCGUUGAAGUCCUGCAUGCCCUCCCAGUGCCCGACUCCACUUUGUCCCUCCCUCUUCUGAGGGAGGGCGCACUUUCCCUCUCUUUCCCGGGAUGCCGAGAAGCCAAGGUCAGCGUUGGGGAGACGCGGAAGAGAAAAAGGGCCAUACGAUUUCAGCCACAGACGACGCUGGUGCGAUUCCAUCCUCGAGUCGGUCGGGCAGAUCCGACCGGCUCGCGCACCGUCACCACUGAAUCUCUGGAUCUUGCCGGUUUUGAGCCGCAUUUGACGGGGUGGGGUUGGCAGGUAGGCCUCCUCUUAGGCAAAGGGGUCAUCCACACACUCCAGGUGGAUCUCCGCCUCAAAUAUUGGGGCGGCGGUGAAUUUAGAAUGCCCUGAAAGUGUCGGAUUUUGGGGGGACAGCAGUCAUAGUCGCUGGACCAGGAGACUCCAGGGGGUGGCGAGGAUCGCCUUCUGGAAGCGUCCGUGGCCACAAUCCCGACAAAAUGGCAGCCACAGCCUUUGGCAUGCUGGAAGUGCCCUCCCUGUGUCCGUGUUCUCUCUGCCGUCCCGUAUCGUGUCUUGUCGUCUGCAUGCUGUGCAGUGUGGUGUCGAGUUGGGGAAGGAGGGCGGGGGUUGAUAGUUUCAUUGUUUUUGCUUCCAUCGCUGCCGUUCAUCACUCGGACACAUUGAACCCGGGGAGUGGGGAAGGCGAAGCUUUGCCUUGUAUCAUCAAUAAAUGUCCUUUACACAAAUUA